AUGACAAUGGUCCGACCUAGAACAGGGGACUUUCUGUACUCACAAGCUGAAUUUGAUGUCAUGGUGGAAGACAUCCGCGUUUUCAAGGAGUUUGGUGCGGAUGGCGUCGUGUUCGGUAUUCUGACUCUAGAUGGGAGGAUAGAUAUUGAGCGUACCGCGCUACUUGUUGACGAAGCGUUUCCUAUGCAAGUGUGUUUCCACAGGGCAUUUGACAUGACAAGAGACCCUGUUGAAGCCUUGUUUGACAUAUCCACCAUACCCCAUAUCACUCGCAUUCUGACCAGUGGCCAUGGUCCAACGGCGCCUUCCGGCCUUUCAGUUCUGCAGACACUUCUGACCAAGGCUUCUGGCGACGGAGCUGGGAUGCCGACAAUUCUCGCUGGCUCUGGCAUCAAUGUGUCUACUGUCCGCUUGCUCCUUGAUACCCUCCUUCCUUGUGGCUUAAGCGAAAUUCAUCUGAGCGCGGGCAUGUGGAUACCCAGCAAAAUGAAACACAAGCCACUUGGAAUGGGCAUGGGAGUUGGGGAAGGCGAAUGGGGUGUGUGGCGGACGAGCGAGGAGCGCGUGAGUGAAGUGAGGAGUGUUGUGGACGUGGCGUGGAACGACUACUUAGAUCUGCACUAUCGAUGA